AUAAACCCAGCACCCACUACCAAAGCAAUCUGGAUUUACUAGGGGUUCACCUUGGUUUAUAUGAUGGAUGUGAUGUUGAUGCAUCAAAGUCAUUCUUAUCUAUGUGGAUGCAUGAUAAAUAUAGCCUACAGUUCUACUAAUAGCGGACACGAGCGCCGCUCUACGAGCGUCGUCGUGAUGUCAGUGGAUUUUAGGUGCCCCCUCAGGAUGCCUGAGUAGUUGCGCUCGCCGCCAAUGAGCGUCUCCAGUGUGAAUGUCCUUCAUUUCUCUGUCUGGCUAGAGAACUUGCCAUCACGGAUCCUAAUUUGGAUUUAAAAGGGAAAGGAAAGCACCUCUCCGGUUCUCCGCUGCCCCUCAAUCGCGUGACAUUCUGGAGCGUCUAAAACAACUUUAACUGUGCGCGACAUGGAAUGCCGAGUGCUGUCGAUUCAGAGUCAUGUCGUGAGAGGAUACGUGGGAAAUAAAUCGGCAUCCUUCCCGUUACAGGUUUUGGGGUUUGAGGUGGACUCGAUCAACUCUGUUCAGUUCUCCAACCACACAGGGUACUCUCACUGGAAGGGACAGGUCUUGACAGCAGAUGAGCUUCAUGUCUUGUAUGAAGGGAUCAAACUCAACAACGUCAACCACUACGACUAUGUACUUACAGGUUACACUAGAGAUACAUCGUUUUUGGAGAUGGUGGUUGACAUUGUCCAAGAGCUGAAGAGGGCCAAUCCUAACCUUGUAUACGUUUGUGACCCUGUCUUAGGUGACCAUGGUUCAAUGUAUGUUCCUCAGAAUCUCCAUCCCGUGUACAAGAACAAAGUAGUCCCUGUGGCCGAUAUCAUCACACCCAACCAGUUUGAGGCUGAGUUGUUGACAGGGAAGAAUAUCAGCACAGAGAAAGAAGCUGUUGAGGUGAUGGACCUGCUGCAUAAAAUGGGUCCCGACACUGUGGUAAUCACCAGCUCUGAUCUGCCCCCUCGUCUCGGAGACAGGUUCCUGGUGUCUUUUGGCAGUCAGCGCAUUUUGAUGCCGGACGGCACAAGGACGACCCAGCGGAUCCGAAUAGAGGUGCCGAAAGUGGAUGCGGUGUUUGUGGGAACCGGUGAUCUAUUUGCUGCUAUGCUGUUGGCCUGGACUCAUCAUUACCCAACAGACCUGAAGACGGCAUGUGAGAAGACCUUCUCCGUUAUGCACCAUGUCAUUCAAAGGACUAUAUCUUAUGCCCAUGAGAUGGCAGGUCCUGGUAGAAGACCCAGCCCGGCCCAGCUGGAGUUGCGGAUGGUCCAGAGUAAAGCUGACAUAGAGGAUCCAGCCAUAGUCAUGGAGGCCACAGUUCUAUAGAGCCGCCACACGCCACAUCUCAUCCACACAUCUCACCUUCCGCUCACAACUGCACAAUGUAUAGAUGUUGUACAUUUUGAUAUGUAAUGUGACAUUGCCUUAGAAUCUCAGCCAGAGCACAACAGUUCCAUUUCAAGAGAUUCAGCAGGGUACAGCCAAACAAGCGAGAGCGAAAGAGCCGCCGCGCUCCGAGAGAGUGUAACCACGCAGAGAAAAGAGAAGGGAAGAAGAGCAUGGGAGAGAUGAUCAGCCUCUCUCAUUCACACUUUCUUGUGCAUCUUCACCAUCUCUGUCUCUCUCUCUCUCUUUCUCUCGAAGCUCCUCAAGAACUCCGGUUCGUCCUGCACAUAAAGCCCAGUCACUGACAUUUCCAGACCAGGUCAGUUACCUAAACUGCCAUUGAUCUAGUGAGGACCAAAAGUUUCUACAGUCUUAUGAUUUUGAGUCAGCAAACAUAGAAAGCAAAACCUACAUGGCUGAGUCUCACAAAAACUGUCAGGAAAUGUCAGUCCAAAAUCAAAAGAUCAAAAUAAGAAAUUUAUUGCAUAAAAGAAAGAUUAAGAUUUUUUUGCAUUAUGCUAUUUUUUUUUCCCCAGUUCUUUGUUGCUCACUGUAAUGUGAAAAUGUCUUCUUUUUAAUUAAAUAUAAUUCUAUAAAAUUAUACAUGAUUUUAAUUAUAUAUAUACCAAUCAAAAGUUUUUGAACAGUAAGAUUUGUAAUGUUUUUUUUAAAAGAAGUCUCUUCUGCUCACCAAGCCUGCAUUUAUUUGAUCCAAAGUACAGAAAAGUUUUGAUUUUUUUUUUUUACUAUUUAUAAUAACUGUUUUCUAUUUGAAUAUAUUUUAAAAUGUAAUUUAUUUCCUGUGAUCAAAGCUAAAUUUCAGCAUCAUUAUAAUUAUAGAAAUUAAUACUUUUAUUUAGGAAGGAUGCUUUAAAUUGAUUAAAGUGAUGAUAAAGUCAUUUAAAAUGUUACAAAAGAUUUCUAUUUCAGAUAAAUGCUGUUCUUCUGAACUUUCUAUUCAAAGAAACCUGAAAAAAUUCUACUCUGCUGUUUUCAACAUAAUAAUAAUAAUAAUAAUAAAUGUUUUUUUGGAGCAGCAAAUCAGAAUAUUAGAAUGAUUUCUGAAGGAUCAUGUGACUGGAGUAAUGAUGCUGAAAACUCAGCUUUUACAUUUUAAAAUAUAUUAAAAUAGAAAACAGUUAUUUUAAAUAGUAAAAAUGUUUUACAAUUUUUACUUUUAUUUAAAAAAAAAAAAACAUCAUAAAAUCUUACUGUUCAAAAACUUUUGACUGGUUGUGUAGUUUUUUUUUUUUUUUUUUUUUUUUUGAUGAAAUGUGAUUUGUCAAACAAUGCAAACAAUGUUGGACCUAAACAUAGAUUUUCUUUAUGCAAAAUAUAAUUGUUUUUAUCUUUUGAUUUGGGAGCUUAGUGUAGCUUUGACUUUCCUUUGUGAGAUUUACCCAGAAAGCUUUGCUCACUGCGGUUCUUAAUAAGAUACCUGCAUCUGGAAAAGAUACAUUGUAGCCAACCUCAAAAACGAAGUUGUUAAAUGUGUAUUACAGACCCAAAGCACUGAUUUGUGUGAGAGUCCGACUUGUCUAAAAUGUGUAUUUUAUUGUUUCUUUUUUGGACUAUUUUCUUCCACGAAGGAAGAUUUUACUGAAGAGAUGCGCUGCUGUAUUUUGUGACUUGUUGAUGUUUUUGGUGAGAUAUACUGUAAUAAUUUUUGGCCUUGCUCACGUGUAUGAUUUAACUCUCGUUCCAUUGAUUUCAGUUUUACAUUGAGCAUUUACAAAUGCGGACUUUUUCGAGCAUUUCACUUCAUGUUUGUUUGUCAAUGUAACUAACAUUAUCAUCUCAUUUGCUUUGAACUGAUUGUAUUUGCAUUGAUAAUCUACUUGUUUGUACAAGCAGAAAAGACUUUAAAAGUAGUUUUAACUUUUUAUUUAAUAGUAUUUUCAUAUCUUAAACAGAAAAGACUCAAAUGAAGUCUUAAGUUCUGGGGGAACUUCUUAAAAUGCCUUGAUCAACAGUAGUUGUGUAUGUGUGCUAGUCGGGUGACCUGCGCCUGCUUCUCUCUCGCUGUGUCAGAGAACGUGGUGCCUCCUGGUUACGAUGCUGUGAACGAUAAUAAAAGGCAGAUGAGUUCUAUGUUUCAUCAGACUUGUUCUCCUUUAUUCAGUUCAUAAGGAGAUCGAUUCAGGCAACAUCUUCCUUUAUGUCUGUUUAUAUCUCUGUUUGAUCCAUUUUCCAUGGCACUGCAGUUAUAUGUGCAUUUCUCAAGUAUUAUUUUUGUUUUUGACUUGUUUUACACCUAACUAAUGCUCUUCCAAAACUAAUCACAUUUCUUUUAUUCAUCUUUUCAUCAUCUGAUCGUUCCUGAGUUGCAUUUGUCUUUUAAACACUUAAAAACACUUAAAAGUGAAUCUCACGAAAACAUACCCAUGUCACAUUUACUCCAAAAUCAAAAGAAAAAAGAGGGAACAAGAAAGACAGAAACAAAGCCUAUUUUAGGACUAUUAUCAUUUUUUGGAUUUGUAACAUUUUUAGUGCGAAUAUUGCUAAUUUUAUUUAAUACAAUAUUUUAAUCAGCAUUAACUGGUUCAACAAAAGCAUGAUAUACAAGUAUUUUAUUAAAUAUAAUGAUUAUUGAUAAUAAUUUAAAGAUGUACUUAAUUUUCAUUAAAUAGUUUUAGAAUUUAAAACCAAAAAACUGAAUUUAGACAGCAUUUCAGCCCUACAAGUGUUGGGGAAAUCCAGUAAUUCUGUACAUUAGUUGAGACUUUCAUAGCUCUGAGUUCUGAAAGUUAUUUUUUAUUAAAGAAAAUUCAAAUUUCUUUACAUUUUGGGGUGAGAUAUGACCGAGCCAUGUUCUUUCAUAAGAUUCAUCCCUCUUCAUUCACUUCAGCUUCUACAUUUCCAUCUUAUUUUCCUUCGCAUCAAAAAAGACGGCCAUGUGCAGGACUAAUCAGGGGGUCAGCAUUGCUCUGAGGGGCAUGUGCUUCAGCUUUUCAUUAGUUACUGAGCUGUUAUCUAACUUCUUAUGUGUACUUGUACGUUGUGUACGUGUAUGUGUGAAUGACUAACGGAUGGUUCUGCCGUGAGUGUGCGAGUAUUUGUGUUCUCUGAAGGAAUAUGAGGGUGUGAGCGGGUUAACGGGGGAGGGAGGAAAAAUAAGAAAAGCCAAGUCUAGUCUUUGUGAAUAAAUACAGUGCUAUACAGAUGAUCAUGACAUAAGUGAUGACAUCACUGUCUCCGAAUGAACAGUACUGGUACCAUUUGCUAAUAGCACUUGCCCAAGUGCAACAAAACAGGCUUAGUUUAGGGCAAAAUGGCCACUGCUGCAUGAAGAUGCCUUGGUGACCAGUUAACCUGCAGCAAAAUGUGCAUUCUAACUAUAUUUAAAGCAACAUUAUGUACUGUUUUACUUGAAAAUAUCAGUUUCAAAGUCAUUCUGGUGGUAAACUGGCUUUUAAUAAGGCGAAUGGCAAAUGUUUUUUUUCCCAAGCUCCCUCUCAAACGUCCGUUCUGGGACUAUGUAAAUUUGGUGGCGGAUUGCUUUACAGCAGCAACAAAUGCAUGUUUACAGUAAAAAUAGGACAGUGAAUUCCACUCAUUUAACUGUAGAGGGGCCUAAAGUUGCAUAAAAUACACAAAACUGGUCCUUUUCUUUUUUAGGCUCCCUCCCAAACGUCCGUUCUGGGAGUAUUUAAAUUUAGUGCGCGGGUACGACUUCCCGCAAAAAGGGCGGAUUGCUUUAAGACAGCAACAAAUGCACAUUUGCUGUGAUAUAUGUCAGUGAAUUUCACUCAUUUAACUGUAGAGGGCUCUAAAGUUAGAUAAAAUACACAAAACUCCUCUGUUUCUUUUCCACGCUCCCUCCCAAAUGUCCGGUUCUAAGUGUAUUUAAAUUUGGUAAGUCAGGGGGACCCCUCUUGAAACGCAUUUUGAGUAGCAAUUGGGCAAGUUUUGUUGAGAAAACCUGGCAACCCUGUCAGGGUUUUCACAUCAAAACCUGCCCAGUCGCUUUUCGAGAGGGGUCCCCGGUAAAAAUCAUGUUCCAGGAGGUAAAACACACGUUUUGUGGUGGGGUUCCUCUGGUAAAAUUAGGGCUAAAUAUUACGUUAUUGUGGUUCCUUCAACCCGCGGACAUGAAAAACAACUCACAGCAACAGUAUGAAAGUAGCCCAAUUCCGCGGGAAAACCGCGGACUUGGCAACACUGGUACAAAUUCCUGCAAAGAGGACGGAUUCUUUUAAAGCAGCAACAAAUGUAUGUUUACAGUGAAAUAGGAGAGUGAAUUCCACUCAUUUAUCUGUAGGGGGCUCUAAAGUUGCAUAAAAUACACAAAACUAUUCUAUUUUCUAUUCUCCCUCUCAAACGUUCGAUUUGGAAGUAUUUAAAUUUGGUGAGCGGGUACGAAUUCCCGCGAAAAGGGUGGAUUGCUUUACAGCAGCAACAAAUGCACGUUUACAGUGAUGUAAGACAAUAAAUUACACCUAAUUAACUGUAGGGGGCUCUAAAGUUGCAUAAAAUACACAAAACUUUUCAAUUUCUUUUCUACGCUCCCUCCCGAACGUCAGUUCUGGGAGUAUUUAAAUUUGGUGAUCGGGUAAAAAUUCCCGCGAAGAGGACGGAUUGCUUCAAGGCAGCAAAAAAUGCACGUGUACAGUGAUAUAUUUACAACAGUGAAUAACACUCACUUGACUGUAGGGGGCUCUAAAGUUGCAUAAAAUUCACAUACACAAAACUCUUCUAUUUUUUUUUUUUUUUUUCACGCUCCCUCCCAAAAGUCCGUUCUGCUUUUACGAAAAUUAAUGAUGGUUUUACCACAGAAAAAAAAAAAAACAUGGUCACUAUAGUUAAACCAUGGUAACCACAAAUUAACCACGGUCUUGCUACACUAGUUUAACCAUGGUAUUUGUAGUAAAACUAUGGUUAUACAAAUGGUAAUCAAUGUGCCAAAAAAACAUGGUUUCUACACUUUUACUAUAAUAAAACCAUGGUUUAUUUUUGUAAGGGAGUGAGUAUUUAAAUUUGGUGAGCGGGUAAGAAUUCCCGUGAAAAGGGCGGACUGAUUUACAGCAGCAACAAAUACUCAAAACUACAUACUGUUGCUUUAAAUAUACCAGGAACAUGCUUACAAUGAAAGCACACUUGUGUUUACUGUUUAUUGAACAACAGGUGUGUCCUGAUAUAAGAAACCUAGUCAGAACCUCAUAAUGACUAAAAAGAAAAAAAAUAGUGGGCAGCCAAAUAUUUGUUAUGGCAGUGAUGUCUAGUGUGUUCCCUGAGGAAAGUGUGUGAUUAAGAACUUUUGAGAUGAA